AUGCAAGCUCCGAGAGGACGGCAACCUAAAAUUACUGGUAAUGUUGUGAAUGUACCAGCAGACAUAUGUAAUACUGUUAACAUGCUACCCAGGUUACCACAAGAUACUGGGACUAUUAAAGUUCAAUUAAAAUGUCGACUGCAAUAUAAGAGUUCUUCUGCCUUGUCUUUGAAUGUGAGACCUAAUAAAGUGAUGCAAGCUGCAGCUUGGUUGGUAAAUACUAGUGAACUAUAUCGAGAACAAGGAAUAACUUUUGAUCAGCAUUGGUUAUCAUACUUUGAUGUUCCAACACCUAAUAGUGACAAUGAAAAUACUACAGUUGAUGAAACUAAUUUAACAUCUUCAGAAAAUGAAUGGAGUGAAGAUGAAACAGAAAUUCCUGCAGGUGUAACAGACAGUAUGCUUACACCUACUGAUUUUGUAGAUGACACUGAAAGACAACAUAUAUACAAUGUUGCACCUGGUGAAGGUAGUAGACCACUCAUAAUAUUUAGAGAUGUGCGUGUGUUGUGGAGUAAAGACGUGCUAAUUUUGCUCCGUAUUUUGAUUAAAUAG